GUUACACAUUUUCACUAUCGCCGUGAGGGGAAAAGAAUUUUUCAAGGUUUUGGCGCAAAGACCUUGCUUGCAUAGUAGACAUGACUAGUCAGCCCGUACUCGGAGACACGCAGGAGAGGGGUUCGAGGGACAAUAAUGAAUUUUUCAAGGUAAAAUAAAUGCUUAACAACAUUUUUUAUGUCAACACAUGCUGCUCAAGCUGUUAAAAACUUCCUAAGAUUAAACAAAACAAACACAAGGAGAUCUUGGAGCAUUUCUAGGUCUUUCUACCUACGAAUAUAACAUUACUUUGCACUAUAAUAAAACGCAAGCAUGCACUGUUUUCCGAAAUAUUUCAUUGACAAAAUUUGGAUUCUCGCCUAGGGUUAUCAAACCUAUCAGCAUUAACCUUAAUAGUGUUGGGAAGAUUGAAAACACUGUUAGCCUUCACGAUCCUCUUCCCUACCCCUCAUUUCAGGUACGGUGUUGUAAUAAAGCCCGACCGCCGGGACAAUCCCUGUAAGCACAUACAUUUGGACUAUAACUAUGAUAGUUAUGGAACCCAAAGUAAAGUCGAAAAGCUGAAGAACUAUUGUAGUUCUGGUUAUUUGUAUAACCUUCCCAGCCAAUGAAUUUUAUGUGCUUGGGGCGAUUGCUGCUUGUAGUGGCACAGAACAGAAUCUGACACCAAUUUAGUACCCUUUGUGUUACUGAUUCAGAUUGCGAGCGCUUUUGACGCAAGCAGAAAAAAAAAAUACCGUGUGACCCAAGAGGAUCUGUUCUCAGGGUUGAAACUGUUGCUGCAUUAAAACCGAAACAUCUCUUAAUUAACCUAUAAAUGUCAUUUCUUAACGUUAAUUAGCGCGCUGGUUUUUAUUAAGAUUACAAAUACUUGACCCUUAUACUCCUUCAGUUUUCUAAUUACAAUUUAUAAAUGUAAAUAAGUUUUUUUUUUUCACGGAAGUCGUUGUGGUAGUUUUCAUUCAGCGUGAUCAGUUUCACUUUUUUUCUCGCUAAGAGCAGUUACGACAGCUGAUUAAGAUACAUUAUCCUUUCAGACAAUCCCUAAGACCCCCGGGGGUACUUCAACAAAGUUUUAUCUGGGGAGACUCCGCCCGAGAUCCAAUCCGAUACUCUUUUAUACACUAGUAAUAGUUGACACUACAGCUGCCCCCGCUCUUUAUAUAGUAUUCUUGCUCCUUGUGUAGCUCUUUGAAAUAUACCGAUUCAUAAUGAAGAUGUUCACACAUAUUUCAUACAAUAGGUGAGAUAAAUACAUGAAAUAAACGUAAGGUUCCAUGCACAGUUUCGGUUCGAUUUACAGAGCUUUGAUAAAAACAUUCUCAGUUUGGAGAAUAGUUUAUUCUAAACCAUAAGAAAAGAUUUAAUUAGAAGUUGAAUUUUUCGCUAUUUCUAUUUCACUUUUUACAUUUAGUUCAUUUCAUUUGCCGAAAAGUAAGCCCGGCUUAGAAAUUAAAACGACGUUUGAUCAAUUCACGUUCGCGCAUUCUAGUCUUAUUUUAAACUUUAUAGCGGAAGGACAUCUGUGAGCAGGGAAUAAGUCACAGGGGCACCCAACGAGGAUAUAGUUCAAAACCACUUAACAUAGCAUUGUUGAACGUAUUUUAGCAUUUAAACGGUAGAUAUAGGCAUAUUUUUAUCCCCUAAAAACUUUUCAUCUGUUCGGAUUUCCUAGCUGAAAGUCUAGUGAUCGAAAAUUACAGGGAUCAAAACUUACCUUUUCGAAAAUUUCAGCCAGGAAAAGGCUCCCGAAAAUUCUAGGUGGCCUUUUUUAGGGUAAAUAUCCGUUUAAAAUGGGUAAUUAUACCAUUUUGUAGAUGUUCGAAAAUCCUAGGAGAGGCAGGCAAGCAAGAAAUUUUACAACAAAUGUUCCGAAAAUUCUAGUUCUCAAAUCGUCUUCCGAACAGAUAUUUUCCCGAAAAUUGCCUUUGGGUGCCCCUGAAGUCAGCACAGAAUUUGAUGGUCGGCUAAUUUCUGUAAUCGUCCGUCCUUCUGCUAGUGAUAAGCUAGCCGUUGCAUCAUUCACUUGUCUUGCUUGUUCUGGGCUGAGUCUUAUUCCGGUCAAAGAGAGAGAAAGAGUGUCUGGCAAGGUUCAGCCGAAGGUUUCCAAUCAAAGAUUUGUGAACUCGUGUCUGGCAAACUCGCUUAGUGUUAAAAUAUACACUGUUCUACGAACCUUAUAACUUCAUCUGCGCUUAACGAGUGUCUUUUGGUCCAUAACUUUCAUAACAACUGCUCCACAGAAUAACACUGAUAACACGUAACGCAAAAGAGUAUCGAAGUAUGACUGCACAAUUAAUGUUACAAAAUCUACCUAUUGUAAGGGGUCCCUUUGGGAUUUUUUGUGUUUUGCGUCAUCCUAACCAUUUCGUACUUGCGGGCGCAAACAAUAGAAACGUCACCAUUACCCACAGAUUCCUCGCGGGCCCUGUUCAAGCAAAUCGAGAUUUUUUCUAUAUUGAAUGUAUGACGGUAUAUUUCAACUGUAAGUACUUUCCUUAUAUAGGCGCGAGUUACUAGAGUGCCUCCUCGGGAUUUCGCCUUCUGGGCGAAAUCCCUGCGUUCGGGGGCAAUUAAACGGAUUUUGACAGAAAAGAAACCACUUUCGUAUAUCAUGAAUACGCCUUUCAAACACCUCGUUUAGAACUUUGUAUCCCUUUACAUCACUGUCUUUAAUGUAGACCAGAACGUCCAGAACUUUUUUCAGACUUUUUCACAGUUAAAUGCAUCUGUUAGCACAAUUGGACCUUUUUACAGACCGAAAUGACAGAUUUCCCUGCGCUUUCAUACAGUUGAAGGAGUGAAAUUCCUACACUUUGAUAUACCUGAAGCCUGAAAAGGGUACCCCUUUUCGGGUGAAGCCAACCUGUUGGGGGGCCAUCAUAGGAGGUACCCCCCGACUCUAAGACAGUUCUUUGUAGCAGCAUUGACUCCAAUAAUCUCUCCUCGUUAUAAAGUUUACCCAACGCCAUCCGUUUCAAUCUUUUUCAGCUUUACUCGUCCCUUGCCCACUUUUGGCUUUGUUGUAGUUCUUUCCAUUUCCUUUUUACAGUUUCAUGAUCAAGCUGCCAUUCAAUAUCCUGUCAAUUCUAUGAUGGUAAUUGUUGAGUGCUCAAUGGGACUAUAUCCUCAAUUGGCAUGACCCAGAUGAAAGUGAAAUAACGGUAACUUAGCUCACUUUUAAGUCGAUUCAGAUAACCUGAAAAGGUCGUUUUCGAGAGUUAAAGCAAAUUAAUCAGUACAAAACUUCAAAUUGCUUUGCGUGUUGAGUCUGAUCUGUCUGAGCUAUUUAAAUAUGUUUCUGUUCACUUAAUUACUCCCAUUAGCUUGGGAAACCUUUAGACAGGCCACAAGAAAAGUGAAAGCGUUAAAUAGCACAUGGCUGGGCACGGGACAAUAUGUCGCUUUUGGUUUUGGAUUGUAACAACAUUAAAAUUUCCUUGAGCCCCCAGGCCCAUGUAUAAGUCGCAGUUCUUUUGUAUUAGGGCUUAGCUCCAUUGUUAAUGUUUCCUGCUGAAAAUCUCUUUUAUAAGGCUUCAUCGACCUUUGAGUCAAGACGUUUUUUGCCUGAGUUAGACAUGAAGAGUCAACCAACACAGGAAGAUUUUCAGGAUGACAGGGAUCCACGGGGCAACAAUGACUAUAUUCAGGUAAGACAAAAUACUUAAGGAAUUUUUGUUUCGGUGAAUAAGUUAUGAUGUCGUCCUAGCUGUUAUACUACUACAUGAGAAAUUUCUGCAAUUUGCUUGGCUUAGAGCUGUGGUAUUUCAGCCUAAUUUGAAAUAACUACAUGUGGAAAUUACAAAAUCUUUGUGGUUAGUAGUAUAAACAAAUAAUAGCAUGAUUUGUACGUGAUAUUUGGUAUAAAUACCAUUCGUGAUAUUUCAAACUUGUCUCAAAUUUCACUCGCCUAACUGCUCGUGAAAUUAGGUAUAACAAUUUCGAAAUAUCGCUCGUGGUAUUUAUGCCAAAUAUCACUACAAAUCAUGCUAUUACCUAUACUAAUGGUGUGCGCUGAAAUAAAACACACGCACCGUGUUCCUACUACGGGUUCUCAAAAUAUCGAUUCCUUGUUUACUGUGGAAGAGACUUUUUGCCAAAGCGCAGUCGGCCUGUUAUGGCUGAAGCAUUCUUGUUUUCUCUAAAAAAGUUCAAGCUGUCAAUGAAUCACCUAGCGCUGGAGAUACCACAAAAAUACUUUGCUUUCUACACGUAUUAUGAGGGCGAGAGUAGAGGAUGUUUAUCAGAAACCUAUAUUCUCACUUUUGCUGCCCGCUGAAAGUGGGUAUACGUAAACAUUCAAUCAGCUAAGAAAGGCAGUUUCAUUUAAUAAUAAGUAUUUGCUUCUGAAAACGUGGGUGAACUCAAACUUACGAAAGUACCGAAAGUAAUAAAAUAUAUACUCCACGUGCUCUUUUUGUUUAAGAAAUACUGAAUUUGCAUUUGAUAAAAACGAAGAGGUCGAAAUACAAGUAGCCUACUCAUUACAUUUUCGAGAUUUUUCAAUAAAAAAGUGUAAUUGGACAGCUUGAUUAUAUAGCUUAUAUAAUAUAGCUUGAUUGAGCAUGGGUAGUGUUAAUUUUCUGAUUGGUUGAAGUAAAUUUUUAGCCAACCAGAAGCACUAAGGUCCUGUUCAGACGCGAACUUUUCAUGAGCCGAACUUAAUUCGCCGAAUAGGCCACUUGCACUUGGUCACAUAACCAUGCUUCCUUUAAACAAUGAGUUGAAAUCUUGCCAAAACUUGACUGAGCACAUAAAAAUUAUCUUACACCCGAAAUUUGAGAGGAAACGCAAGUAAGGGAGACAUUUUAUUGCACUUUGAUUUUUCAACAAAGUAGUAUGAUUUGUAUUAGCCACCAUGUUAGAGGGCAUACUCUUGCCCUCCAACAGGGCGGCAAAAACUACCUUUUGCUUGUAUCGUGUAAGACGUUUGAUAGUUACGCUCAGAAGUGCUGUAAAUGUUACCACAUCAUCUUUUCAACAUUUUCCUUAAAGUUUAAGUGCAAAAUUUGUGUUCAGAAAGAGGCAAUUCAUAAUUUUGAAAAUCACAUUUUGGUCACGUGACCAGCUACAAACUUACUCAUUUUAAGAAAAUGGUGCGGGUUUGAAAAACCAAAUCACUAUUAUUUUGUUUAAGAUAUGACCCACUAAUCGUUUUUCGAAGGCAAAAUCAUAUGACUUUCAUUUUCAUAGAAAUGAUGUCACAUGACCUCUCAGUGAAAAUGGCCUAUUAAGGCCGACCCAAACUAUUUAGACCACCUCAACUGAUUCAGACCCCGAUCUUAUUUCCGGUCGAACUAAAUUCAAAAGGAGAAAAACACUCAAUUUGGUGAAACUGCUUGCAAAAUACGUUAUUAUAAUUUAUGCAUUAGGUUCGGUACAUGAAAAAGUUCGGCGUUCCACAAUCGAAAUUCCCGGCGUGUCGUUGCAAAAUGUGGUGUCUGGUGAUGUCCACCAGCCAUGAGUGAGCUUAAUGCACAAAUCUCUAGUAACAACGGUGUCGCUAAUUGUCCUGCACACCAUCGCCUGAUCAAGCCGAUAACCAGCAACCAAGGAUCACGUUCAAUAAGAAAGUGACCAUCGUGAGACGAACAGUUAGCAACUUAUCUUAUAAAUUUAUAAUGGAGAAUGUGUUUGUGGACCGGUCGCAGUUUAGUUAGAAAAAAUUGGGACACCCCAGCGGGUGAAUCCCCGUCAAAAGCCAGACUUCAUAAAGGGCAGGAAAUCCUAAAAGAAGGGACGUACAUUUUCUAAUUAAAAGUAAACGUGCAUUGCUAUUGCUUUCGUUCGUAUAGAGAUCCCUUUUACCUUAGUAAAAGAAAUUACAGGUAAAUUCUGUUUUCUUAUUUGUAGGUUGCCUAUUCAGAUGUGAUAUGCGAGCCCCCUGCAGCACAUAGUCCUCAGUGUUCGUACCAGUUCACUAAAGCCGUUUAUGCCAAUACCUCUAAUUUGACGUAUACCAUUUUGACGCUGCUGUUUGGCGGGCCGUUAUCGUUUAUCUAUGGUUUGUCGUGUGGAGUGAUAAGCUUCUUUCUUAUUUGGCUUCUAACACCAUUUGUUCGUCUUUGGUUCAUUUCAUUCGGGCUGGCGGGAAAACUCUGGUUGUCUAUUGUGAAGAGCUUCUACAAUCCGUUGUUCGAGUCAUUUGGAAGAUUUUUCUCCAACGUCAAUGUUACCUUUCGCAGUGGUACUAUUCAAAACGUGUGACUUGGACACUUCUUGUUUCUUGUUAUUUCUUGAGAUGCAGUUAAAUUUUACCAUUCAUGAUUUUGUUUUGUAGCUGCCAUUUUUCUUUUCAGCUCAAUUUGUACUGCACCAGUUUCACUUAAGUUGGCUCGACUGGAUUUUUCAGGGACUAUGUUUUCCAUGUUUGCACAUAAACUACGUCGUAGUUAACAAUAUUACUGGGAGCUUAAGCAAAGUUGUUUUUUGAGCGACGCACUUCCACCGGAAGUAAGGCUUUUUCCCUAUUUAUUUGCCUUGAAGCAACUAAAUUUGUAUUGCUAAGUGUCUUCACUCUUUAAGAGACGAUUUACCCGAGAAUUGGGGCAAAAUCACUGGCCAAGAAUGCAAAACUUCCACUUCCGGUUGACGUACGAAGCUCUCUAAUGAUAUCAAAAAACAGUCACUACUGACGUAAUCAUAUUCAAAGAUGGGAAGCAUAGAUUCUGAAAGAUUCCUUCCAAGCAGCCAAAAAACAAAGAUAAAAACACAUGUAUAGCAAUAUAGAUAUGGUAACUAAACAAUAAAUGCUCAAUAUAUAUUGAGCAUUUUUUCACCUUCUUCACGAGCUAUUGGGAAAGAAUUUCAAUACACUACAAUUAAUCUGAUUUCAAUAAAGUACAAAAUUUCAUCUUUAUAUAUCCAUGAAGUGUAGGG